AUUGAUAAAUAUUUGCACUUUCCAAAGACGAUUUCAAACAUACAUUUACAUUAAAAAUAAGUUAUAAUAUUUGCAAUACAACAUUAAAUUUUAACUCGACAAAAAUGGCGCGUUACAGCAAUGAAACUGAAGAGAAUAAAAUAGACCCGGCGUCCGUGGCUGCAAAUAUUAAAUCCUCUAUCAAAACUGAGAUAAUCAAAGAACUUCUACAAGGAUCCUUUCAAGACAACAAGACGAAACUUGGAAAUGAUGCAUUGAACCUUGUGGUGGAGGUGGCCAAAUGUUUGGUCACUGAGACCUGUCUGCGGGCAUCUAGUCACGCUCUACGCGAGACCUCCGACAAAGUUGAUAUCGAACAUGUGGAAAAGUGCUUGCCACAGUUGAUGCUUGACUUCCCUUGAAAGGUGCAUUUCUUCCUUUUACUUAAAUUAGUUUAAGUUUUAGUGUUUUACCUACUAGCAUCUAUUUAAACCAAAAUAGGUGACGUAAGUUAUUGUAAGUACCUACAAAUCCAAACACAAGAUUUUACGUAAAAAAUUUAUUAUACAAAUAUUUUGCUGUCUAUUCUUCCGUGCACUGUCUCAAGUUCACCAAAAAACAUGCUUACAGAAAAAGGUAUUCUAUUAAAGAUCUGAAUUUAUUCUUUAAAGUUGUCUAUAGUCAACAAUAUUACAUAAUAUUUAUUAUCUUUGAGAACUACUACAAAAAAAGGUUAGCUCCACCUCCACCCACCAAUUAAACCUCAAACAUAUUGUGAUUCUACAAAACUUUGAAAACCAGUGGUUUGAUUUAUAUUAACCCUUAAUCAGGCAUAGUAUGAUUUAUCAACCACCUAGGUAAUUGGAGUUUUAUAGUGAUCUUUGUCUUUUUAUAAAUUCAUAAAACCUUUUUUUGAUUAAGUACCAAUAUU